UCUAACCCUCCGCCCCCAACUCCUGCUCGUCUGUUCCUCCCCGUUCUCCCUCCGUCCAGUUUCCAGUCCACAUCUUCUCUUUUCUCCUUAAAAUCAGCUUUCUCUGAAAACAAAAAAGGCACAGGGUGCCCCAAAAAGACCUCAGCCCCCUGCCCGCCUGUGCAAAAGAGUCAGGAGGAGGAAGAGGUCGAAGCUGGAAAAAGCACUUUCCUGGAGGAUAAAAUCGAGGAGACCCGGUGGGAUGGGAGAGGGGAAGACUGAAAGGUGGGAAUGAACAAACAGGUGGACAGGCAGGCUUGGGGCUUGACGCAGGAAAGGAGGAAGAAGACAAGGAGGGGGAGAGAGGAGGAGAGGGACAGAGUGGUGGAAGAGUGGCAGUGGAGCAACGCUGUCUGCUCGAUGACAUUAAAACUCUGCAGGGAUGACAGGGGGCACUCUGUCUCCUGAUUGGCUGGCCCUGGCUGAGGCUUUCACCAAUCAGGGCUGAGGCAUGUAAGGUGCCUUUAGGUUAUACCCAACCCAAAAAAACAAGGAGCAGAGAGAGAGAGAGCGCGCAAGAGAGAGCGAGGGAGAGCGAGGGAGAGCGAGGGAGCCAGGCAAGCUAGCUAGCGUUCAGUGAGCAGGCUCCAGUCCGAGAGUGUGACUGAGCUGGAGCAAGCCAUCCUGGUGAGAUCUCUCCGGAGCGCGUUUGUCCUCGCGUGCAGGUUUUUUUUCUUGGUUUCUUCCAGUUUUUUUCUGUGUGUGCGCGCACGCUUGAGUCUUUUUUCUGUGGGGGUGUUAUUGGCACGGACAAUCUGCUCCAUUGACGGCGCGCUUUCUGCCCCCCCCCUGCACCCCCUCCGCCUGCCCCCCAUCCCCGCAAAAAUAACACCCGUCUGCCAAGCCCAAAACAUUCGCAACACUUUCCUUCUGACACAACUACAAACUAGACAGGGCUCCGGAGCAACACCUUCAAUUUUGACCAAAACCAGGGGUGAGCACAGCUGUGCACCCGUCUCCUGGAGCGGCCGGCGGCGGGAACGACGGAGAGGGGGCUGCCGAAGACACCGGGCGUUGAACCCCCUGUUUGUUUGGGGUUUUCCUGUGACCGGGACAAGAGCCGCGCCAGCAGGGAGAGGCAGGUUGAAGGGGAGCGAGGGAGAGAGCAAGACGGCUUCCUCCGUUCUCGGACCCACGCGUAUUUGAGGGGCCAGCAGAGAGAGUGGCGGGAUGAUUCUAGCUGCAGGUCCACGUGGACCAUCGCAGACAGCCAGCAAGUUUGGGGCCGGCAAUGGUCAGCGGGUGUGGCUGGACGCUGGGAGCUGCGAGCUGCAGUGGAGCCAGGGAGAGUUUCCUAUAUUGUGUUUUGACCCGGUGAAUGCCCUGUUUUCCAAACGAAAACAUUUAGGCAGUAUUAACCGGCCGGGGGCAGUCCCCGCGUUUCUGCGGACCCCUGCAGUGAUCCCCCACUCCCUGGACAUGAAGCCCUUCCUGCAGUUCCCCCUGGAGACCCCACCACCCCACAGUGUGGGGCUCUUCCACAACUUCAGUGCGAUGGAUCCUGUGCAGAAGGCCGUGAUUAACCACACCUUCGGGGUCCCCCUGGUGAAGACCAAGCGCCCUGUCAUCUCCUGCAAUGUCUGCCAGAUUCGCUUCAACUCUGAGAGCCAGGCAGAGGCUCACUACAAAGGGAACCGGCAUGCCCGACGUGUGAAAGGCAUCGAAACAUCCAAGAGCCGCCCGCAAGAGCCUGACAAGCCCACGCCGCCACCCACCACCUCACCCUCACCCCCCGGACCCCCUCCGGCUGCCCCCGCAGAGAACGACACCAGCAGAGCGGGUGAUGCACAACCCCUCCCACAGCUGAAUGGCCCCUCCCCACCCCCGCCCAUCCUCCCAGUGACCACACCCCUCCAGGAGCCUCUAGCACCGCCCAUGUGCUCCCUCCUCCCUGCGCCCACAGGAGGGGGCACUUCAUCACUAGCCCCUCCUCCCGCCUCGGGAGCCUGCCCCCCUGGCCGGCGAACCCCCCGGCCCCCCGACGCCCCAGGCCUCUCCAACGGGGUGCCUCCACAGCCUGCGCCCACCGCCCCCAGCGCCAGCCCGACCGAGUCGGAGGAGGACAAGGCCAAGAAGCUCCUGUACUGCUCACUGUGCAAGGUGGCCGUCAACUCGCUGUCACAGCUGGAGGCGCACAACAAAGGUACCAAACACAAAACCAUCCUGGAAGCGCGGAGCGGGCUGGGGCCCAUCAAGGCGUACCCACGUCUGGGGCCCAAGCCCAGUGCGGAGCAGGGAGGGGCCCCCCAGGACCCCAACACUCAGGAACGGACCUUCCACUGUGAGAUCUGCAACGUGCGGGUCAACUCGGAGUUGCAGCUCAAACAGCACAUAUCGAGCCGGCGACACCGGGAUGGAGUAGCUGGAAAACCCAACCCCCUCCUGGGCCGACACAAGAAACACCGAACCGGUGACCUUGCGUCAACUCUGCCCUUCCACAAGGACCUCCCGAAAGCUCUGGGAGCUGGCCUCUUGCCCAGCCCCUUGGCUGUUGCCGCAGCGAUGGCAGCUGCCGCCUCCUCAAACCCAUUGGCUCUCCGGGCAGCUGCAGGCCCCGCCCACCACCACCCGCACCACCACCUACUGCAGGGGCCGCCCCUCGGCCACGCCCUCUUGAGACCCGCCCCCGGGCCCAUCCGCACUUCUCAUGGGCCAAUCCUCUUCUCCCCAUACUGACGCGCCUCCCCACCUCACGGCCAAUCAGCAAGCACUUCCGAAAGCACACUGUGAUAAACAAAUAAGUCAAUAAGUAACAUAAACAGAUUAAGAAAAAACAUCCAAAAGAAAGAAAGAAAAGGCUGAAAAAUAGAAUGAAGGACAGAGAAACAUUACAAGCAAAACAGACAAAACAAGUGGCAUCUUCCCUGCACUGGGCCCCUCUCUGUCCAGAGGCUUGCUCAUGCAGUGCUCCUGACUGCUGCCGGUGUGCAGGAAAGUGGGGAGGGCAGGGAGAUGUUCAGUGCACUUCCACCUACCUCUGCUUACACCCCCACUCCUCUGAACACCCCUGUAAGCUGACAGCAUCCUCCCUCUCCAAAAUCCUGGAAACCGACAUGGGGCGGUAGUGCAGAAUUCCUCAAGAUGACAUGGCCAAGCCAUCGACAGCAUCCUCCUUUUCUCUCUUCCCAGAAAUAACAGUACAAAUCCCAGCAGAACUGCACCCUAAUACACCACACUACACUACAAGUUAAUUCUUUACAUUUAUACUGCGCCUUUCAUCCCAAAGGACUCCAAAGCACUUUACUCAAAUAAAGGGACCCACUUCAUCCACCACUGAAGUGCAGCCCCACCUGGGAGACACCCAGCAGCUUCACUGCACAGCAGCUCAGGGGAAGAGACAGACACUGCUGCUCCCGGUGGAUUAAUGGGGAGCUGUAGAGAGGACAGACUGUACAGCCCAAAGAGGAAUUUAGCCGAGACACUGGGGUGAGCACCCCUCUUACGAAUAGUGCCCUGGGAUCAUUAGUGACAAAGUAGGUGGGUCCUUGGUUGAAUUUUAGCAUCUCUGACAGAGCAGGGUCCCUGGUCACUGUACAGGGGUAUUAGUUUGUAUGUUCUGGUCCAGAGGGAAGAGUGUCACCUACUGGUCCACCAGCACUACUUAGAGCGUCGACCUGGUCUUCCUUACAGGUCCCCUGUCCCGAUACUGAUCAGGGCCAGCCUGAGCUUCUGGGAUCUGACUACAUCAGGCUGCAAGUUGGCAACACUGGCAGUUGGCUGCCAGUAAUACUGCAUUGUGCAAUCCUCUUCAUCACCCUGUGCGGUCUCAUGAAGGUUUAGUGGUUAUCCUGGCUGUGUUGACUCUGACACAGGGCCAGUCUUGUGUACCAUGAUGCUCUUAGAUGCUUGUUGCUGUGAUUUGCACCUGACACACCUCUGUAGGGUCCCAUCCUAAUCCCUCUACCCCAAGUAGAGCUUUAGCCCAAAACCAGCCCAGCGGUAAAGCCAGUAUAGCGCCUUGCUCUUCCUGUGCUGGGCAGGGAUAGACAGGCCAGCUCGCUGAUAGAGGUGUAGGGGCUGUUUCACGCAGUGCUGUGGGUCAACCUGCGUCUGGGUUGUAGGCUCUCAGAGUUUACACAGACGGAGAGAGGGCUGGGGGUUUGCUUUGUGCAGAAGAGAGCAGGGAGGGAGGGAACGCUUAAUCUACGGAGCUCAAAAAGAAAGAGACACAAAGCGGACAGUUGGAAGAUUGCAGGGGGUGGGUGUCAGGGAUCUACGGACUGUAUCUGGGACAGGUAAAUGCAAGAGGACAGGAAAUAAAAAAGAGCGAAGGAAAGGGGCAGAGUGUCUGGAUCAGGAUCGGCAGAGUGCCGAAGAAAGGAGUGAAGAAAGUGAUGAGUGAAACACUCAGAGGAGAAACGUGUGACUGGCCUGGCACUCCUCGGACUUCAGCACCCCACAGGGACAGAGAGGUGUGGGGCUCAGGAGAGAGAAAAGACACCAGGGCAGCAACCAGCGCAAAAGUCCAAAGGUCACAGGAAGUGACCUUCUUCCUCUGUCUUUCCAUUAUGACUUUCUUUCCUGAAUCUAAAGCCAUGCAAUGCAUCUGUUUUAAUUGUUUUAUGAUGAUGAUGAUGAUGAUGAAUUAUUUGUUAUUAUUAAUGAUUAUAGUUUUGUUUUAUUCUUGUAGAACAUACUGAUGAGAAACUAGCGAUGUGAAAAUUACAAAACGAGAAAUGAGUAUUUUUGUAUGUGGAUGCGAGAGGCUGCAGGUCAUGCACUCCAGCAGGCAGGGAGUGUGGGGCUGAGAGGCAGGCGGGGGGAGGAGUUUAUUGGGGGCCAGGGGGCCUGGGGGACUGGGAGGCAGGCAGGGACAGAAGUGUACUCAGGCCCAGUGUGCAACGUGCUGACAGGAGGAGAAAUGAGACUUCCUCUUCCACACACACAGUCUCUCCUGCUCUGAUAUGCUACAAGGAAUGCGGGCUGGGCUGGGUCUUUACUAUAUGAAUAAACUGCCCCUCCUAGCAACCCCCGCUGUUGGCCGAGGAGUUCAGAGACAUCAGAACUGUCCCAAACAAUAGGAGACCAUUUGGGCUGUGUGGCUCGUUUAGUUGUUGGGUCAGAGGAUUCCAACAGUCCUGAAAAUGUGGAAAGAGGGGUAAUGGUGAAACCCGUUACACAAAAAGAGAUUGCCCAAGGGCUGAGGGCUCUCCUGUAUGCUUCAAGGAACAGCCGGACAAGAUUGCAGAAUAGAGCAGUAUGAAGAACAAUGUAUGAUACUAGGCUCUGAGAAGAUCUAUUUCAUUGGGAUACACUGGCAGCAUGGCGGAGGACCUAUUUCACAGGCCUUCUCCUUGUCAGCUCUGCUUACUUAACAUGGUUAUUAGUCUAAGCCUAGGUAUAGUCAUGCCCCUUUCUCAGGCUGUGCUCCUUAGUCCUCAGUGUCUCUCAGCUGAGCACGGGUACGCAUGUCUCACAGAUGAUGACUGUCUGUCAGUGCCUUCAUCACGAUCAUAUCACCAUUGUGUUUGGAAGAGCACAGCUUGUCCUUGUGUUGACCAAAGCAAGAGCAAGCUGUUCAUCUGAAGGCGUGCGAUGGGACAAGUGGAGCUCCUCUUUGACGUGUCUAAAUGUUCCUUCGUUUCACCAUCUGUUUUUUAAAUAUGUGCUGUGCUGCUUUGUCCAAGUUGAUCUGCUUCACAACCUCUUUGUACUCUUCACGUCAUGGAGCGUGAAAGUGUCUUAACGUUUCCUGAAGCCUCUUCAUGCUUACAGUAGGAAUGUGUUAAAUUCUCAUCUGUGAUGGUUUAGCUAAGUAUAUUGUUUAGUGUUGAUAUUAAAACCACAGCGAUGCUUGGAUCUCCAGUUCCUGAACAGAAGUGUACCCACAUCCAUCCCUACAAGACAGAAGGCACUAAGGCUGGCCAUCGUGGUGCACACUGAAGGUAAAACAGGCUACAGGCUCAUGAAGAAAUGUACUAAUAGGCCAUGACCAGACAUAACUUAACGGAAACCAAAAAGGGAGAAGGAGAGAAACCUUUUUAAUACUUUCCAGACAUCUUCCUUGAAAUAUGCAGCCCGGAACUCAUCUUUCAUGUAAUGCAAAAGUAUUGAAAGAAGAAUGCACUUCUGCCAGGCCCUAGCAUGAAAUGUUACAGUCCAGCUGUGACUGCAUCACAUCGGCGUUUCAGGAGACUUUGCUCAAACUUGUUUUCCACCAAGAGCAUCGCGUGUGGAAUUGCCCGUCUGUUCCCUAAAAUUAGUUGUUUUCACUUAGCGCUUUUAAACAAAAUCUUAUUUGGAGGUGCAUGUAAUUGGCAUUCAUUCAGAUUCGCCAUGCUGUGUGUCAGUUUGCAAGUGCAGCUGUGGAUAAGUUCUAUGGAUAAGUAAUUUUUAUUUGACUUUUGUUAUGUAGUAAGUUUUUUUUUUUUAAAGUGCAGUACACUUAGCGAUUCGGUAAAUGCUUUAUGAAUACGGCCCUCUGUUUGGCCCGGGCGUGUGAAUGGCCAGGCUGAAGGCUGUCAGUUGGUCUGGCUGUCUUACUCCAAGAUCUGAAGGAGGAGCGUCUGGGUAUUGGAGGAUCUGGACAAUCACCUGCCAGCCGUCGCUCACUCGCGUUUGCUGGAGAGGCGGGGCUUACUGCUUUAAGCCAUCGGCUGGGACACGGAGGCAGGAGAGUAACCAAGAAAGGACAGAAGAAAGAGUUUUCAAGAAGCCCAGUCUAUGCAUUUGUUAAUGGACAAGCCUUGUGGGAGAAAAGGCGCUUUAUACAGUAUAUUCUGGAUAUUUCCAGCAGCUUGUCUCCGAUAUCCAAGAAUCUUGUUGGCUUCAUGGUCAGAGCAUGUGUCCUGCCCUCCCAGGACAGGUUAGCUGUGUCUCAUCCACAACACAGGCUCUAGUUCAAGGGGAAACAGACUGUUCCAUUCCCUGAAGUGUGGUGGGGGGAGGCCCUGUGUGAACACGUUACUGUCCCAGCAAAAUAGUGCUGUUUACAUGGAAAACUGCAGAAAAGAUAACCUUCUUGAUAUAUUUAGUUAAUGACGUGGUUAAUAUAUUUAAGGUUUAAGCCAAAAAAUUAAAACUCAUGUUCCUUAUCCAACUCUCUUUGCUCCACCCUGUCCCCCCUAUUUUCGUCUAGAUUAGGUCUGUCUAUUUACAAGUUUUAAAGACGAGAGGCUUGUUCAGCAAGCGGCCAGCUUUGUUGGCGGUGGCAGGAAUGCACCACUAUCCCCCCUUCUCCUCUCCCUCCCCCUGCCCCUCAUCACACUGGCACAGGGAAACAGACACCAAGGGAAAGAGACGACAGGACCGAAGGGUUUGCCCAACUGUAGCAAUACUUAACUCCUGCAGGCUACUCUCGUUUAUUGCAAUAAAACAGUCUGUCAAUCAAUAAAAUAUAAUAUAAAUGCAGCAAAGAAAAGAGACUAUCAGUACCAAGAACAACUUGUCAAGAAAAAAAAUGUUCCCUAUAUAUAUCUAAUGAAAUUAAAAAUAAAAGAUUAAACCUCUAGAGCUUCCUUCUUGACAGUUUAAAAAGUGAAAAAUAAAGACUUUUAAAAAGCA